CUGCGACUCUCCUUUGAUUCCAAUCUUCUAUGCGCAUCAUGAGCCCAUCGAUAUAAUCACUCGAAGAAGACGUGGUCUAACCACAUUCCAUUCUCUUGCCAUGGCCAACAACAUGCCCAUUCCUCUGCCUCCGCGCACCCCGACUCCACCCCCUGACGAACCCUCUUCUCCCGCUAAACAAAUUCCGGCCUUUGACCCAGAAGCACCAUUCGACACAAAUACACUAUCGCCUCAUCACGCCGACCCUCUCUUCAUGGCAAACCCUGCUUCUUAUUUCUCCCCUUCGACGCCCGAAAGACAGUCUACAACCUCAGGAGGCAAUUAUGGUGACAGCGGCCCCUUCAACUUCCAGCCCUCAACUCUGGCAAAAUCCCCCGUUAUCAAGUCGAAUAUUGGUCAACGAAGAGGCCACAAAUAUAAACACAGCAGUGUCUCCCACCAGAUCUUCCUCGAACCGCCUCCCCGUGCUCCUCAAGCACUUCCGACCUCUCUUCCUGUGCCCACCUUUGCCGAAUGCCGGGCGAGUAUGACGACCGACCAAAACAUCCGAUUUUAUUGGAGCAUAUGCCACAUGUUGGUGGCAGGAUAUACGGCAUGGAACGCUCAUGGCUCGGCUGCAAUGGAGGCACUCUCACAUUUGAUCUUCUACGAUUCGCUUGGGGCUUUAUUGUGCGUCUUUGUCGAAGUUCUCUCAAACUUCGAGGUCUGGGGCAGAUCCAGCCUACGCCACCCUUUUGGGCUACAACGAAUGGAGGUCAUAGCAGGCUUCGCAUUAUCUGUCCUGCUCAUCUUCUUCGGCUUCGACCUCAUCUCACACAAUGCCAAACAUGCCUUGGAAGGCAUUGGGCACGAGCCUCACCAUCCCCAUCAACAUGAGAGAGUGUCGGCGGGCACAGUGGAUUUGGCAGCGGUGCUGGCGCUGGUUUCCACCUUGAUAUCGGCGGUAGGACUUCAAAACCACGCCCGCAUCGGUAAGGCCAUGCGUUUUGCUGCCAUGGACAGUUUGCCCUCCCUUCUCAGCAACCCCUCCCAUUUACUCACCCUCUCAUGCUCGGCCACCAUCUUGAUCCUACCCCUGGUGUCGUUGCACACGUACGAAUGGAUCGAUAAGGUGCUUUCCAUCAGCAUCGCCUUGAGCAUGCUGAUACUCGGGGUGCAACUCGGGCGAAAUGUGGGGGCCAUGCUUUUGAUGUCACUGCCCAAGUCGGACAACCUUGACGAGGUGCUACAAGCCAUUGAUGCGGAGCCACUGGUGUGCAGCAUCGAGCAAGCCAAGUUCUGGCAAGCACACUACGGAAUGGGCAUGGCCAACUUGAGGCUCCGGGUGGUGGGGAGUGAUGAGAGCUUGGUCAAAUUACGAGAGCGGAUUGCCAGUAUGAUCCGGAACAGACUUAGUGGAGGGUACGGUAUGGGAAGUAGUGGGCAAAAAUGGGAAGUCAAUGUUCAGUUCCGCCGGGACGCAGAGACGGCCAUGUCGGCUAGCCACAGUCAUUUUACCUCACCACCGGCUUGGGGGCCGUAGCCCAAUGCUGGCUUUUCUUUUUGAGAAACGCUACGGCUAUCACGAAGUUUUGUUACAGGGUUAUGAUGAUGAUUGUAUAAACAGUAUGUACAUAUACGACUAUGAGGCCGGAGGGUCAGUGCGACAAAAGGCAUGCAGAAGCGUAUGUUCAUUAGUAUAGUUGAGCCUGGAGAUGAUUCUUGGACCCUCCUCUUUGUUAAAAAUACAUCUUUUCACUUUUUCA